UGACAAGAUUAUGCUUCCGUCACACUGUCAGUACACCAAACUACGAUGGCUACUCACCAUCGCUGGACUCGUCUUGUACGUCGUGGACAUUGGGACAGACAUAAAAGUGGCUCAGAUAUAUUUUCAAGAGAAACAGUACGUCUGGGCUGGACUGACUCUGGUGUUCCUUCUCAAUGGACUGCUGGUGACCCAGCUCUUCAGCUACGCCUGGUACCAGGACGACAUGAAGGAUGUUAUCCGGAACCCAAAAGGAACGGCAGCCAUAGCCGGUGUGUCAAAUGGUGGACUUGUUGUCCUGCACGUCUUUGGCCUGGGAGUCUGUACAAGGUACUGUCAGCUGCUGAAAAAUGCUUUUAAGGUGGUUUGGAAAAAAACGGAUUCCUGCACAGUGGAAGAGAGGAGGGAAGAGCACCACGACCUGUUUUGCCUGGCCACUGAUCUGAGCAUGCUCAAACUGUUUGAAGCUUUUUUGGAGAGUGUUCCGCAACUCCUUCUACAAAUAUACAUAGCACUGGACCACAGGGAGGGCUCCUUCUGGCAGUAUGCAUCCAUGGGCUUUUCCUUCGUCAAUACCGCCUGGGCCCUGGUGGAUUACCGCCGUUGCUUACGCAGAUCCCUCCCCUAUAUCCGCGAGAUGCCCUCUGGUCUCCCCACAGCGAUCUACCUCCUGUACAAACUCGGCACCAUCACCAGCCACAUCCUCAGCUACAGCUUCCUCCUCAUACUGAGCUCUUACAGCACAAUAGCUUUCGGCAUCCUCUGGCUGCUGGGGACGACCUGCACACACCUGUUCAAGACCAACUUCUGCUCGUCCAAAGGCCUGGAGCUCCUCUACCAGGCCGUCAUCGGAGUGAUCCUCACCUUCACCUUCUUCAACGUCAAAGGACAAGACACGAAAGUAGUCAUGACCGUCUAUUACGUUUUCCACUCUCUUAUAAACAUUAUGGCUCCGUUGUUGCUGGCCUUCUUGAAGCCCGAGGUGCAGACUGCCAUGUUCUUCCUGCCGCUCAGUUACUUUAUUUAUGGAGGUUUAUUGUUGGGGCUGGUCAACCUCAUACUCUACUACCUCCUCCUGCAUCCUACUGGUAAUUGGCGUGACGCGGAUGAGGUGGACGGUCUGGGAAUGCAAACAGAGAGCAGGAGAAUGAGAACCUUUCUACAACCUUGAAGAUCGUUCAUUCAUUCUAAGCUUAACUUAACAUGGGGAUACAUAUGCACUUUAAAUGAGAGAUAAGAGAUAAUUCAUGCGCUCUCUUCUGGGAUUAAGUUUGCCUUCUUAUCAAUGACAUAAAAAUGUAGCUGGAUAUUUACCUGCGAUACAAUAUAAAGUAAUCAUAGUCACUUGUGUAAAAAGUCAACGAUAUAUUUAUUUUUAUCAUGUAUAUUUAUGUAAUAUGUUAUUGUAACACAAAUACUACAUAGAAUUAUUACAUUAAAAGCA